AUUUCCUUUUCGGAACCGCGCGUGCUCCGAUCUCGAGCCGCUUUGGGAUUCUGUAAUGGUGGACGUUCGAUUAGUAAACACGAGGACAAAUUUUGUCGAUACAACUUCGGUUAUCUUAUUUGUCACCACAACGGAAUUCCUUAAAUCGAUCCUAAGCUUCUUAACGAUCCCGUUACUUUAUUUAAAAGUUCGUGAUGAUACUAGCUUAACCUCAAAUUUAUAGUUUCGAUCGACGAUGUAACCAGGCCAGUGAUGGCAUUUCAAUGUGUCAUUUACAAGGUGUUCUCUCUAUCGUAGAGAUCAUUAUAUCAAAAUACGAAGAAUCGAAGAUACGUUUGAUAUUAAACGUAAAUCACCGUUUAACCUUGACUCAUCCUCCUCGAUGGAGUUUAAUAAAUUUAUGAGUUUGUUCGAGGCAUUCGACGACUCUUAGUAGUAAAUUACUUUCUUUCUACAUCCUUUGAGACAGGAUGGCUGAAAAGUCGAGAAAAAUCGUUACAAGGUUUCAUCCAACUCACGGAGAAAACAUCGUACUUCGCGAGGAUAGCACAGUGGCUUAUCGCACUGCGAGCUUCGCUAACUCUUUAGCAUUCAGUGAGAAACCAUUACAACCAGGUGAGAUAUUCCUAGUGGAAAUUGAGAAAACUGAAAGUGGUUGGAGCGGUCACAUGCGUCUUGGAUUGACUUUGAUUGACCCAGCAUCCGUUAAGAAUAGUCUGCCCCAAUAUGCUAUGCCCAAUCUGGUAAAACUUGGUAAUACCUGGAUUUUCGCUAUCACCAAAAGUUAUACUAUUUGGGAUAGCUUUGAAGGUAUCGCAGGCACUGGCUAUGGUGAAGGUAUCCCUACCAGAGAGAAGAAGCUGGUCACAGAUGGAGUAAACGUUCAAACAUCUCGUGGUGUUAUACCAUUUAAUGCUCUUAGACCAAAUACUAUUGAAUCAUCCCAUUAUAUUUUGCCUACUGACGCUGGCAGUCGUAUUGGAAUUAUGUAUGUGCCACAGGCUGGGUCUGAUACAGCAGAGAUGCAUUUUAUUAUAAAUGGAGAAGAUCAAGGAGUAUGUAGUAAAGAUAUACCGUAUAAAGCUGGACCAUUGCGUGCUGUAGUAGAUGUUUAUGGUACUACGAAACAAGUGAGGAUAGUGCAACUGUACGGUGUGUCAACAUUACAAAGCGCCUGUAGAGAUGCUAUUUUGCAAUAUACCAAAAGGAAUGCAGUGGACUCUCUUCCACUUCCUCGAAUAUUAAAGGAUUAUUUACUUUAUCAAUCACAGUGAGAAUUAUUACAUUCCAUUUUAUUUUUUCAUUUUUUGUCUUCUCGUUCAUAUAUCAAUUGCCAUUUUGUUUUUGUUUUUUUUUAUCGUGUAUCACUUUAAGAAUUUCUUUCUUGCAUUUAUUUUUGCAUUAUCUAUUUUUCUCUAAGAUUAGAUAUAUAAAUAAUAUAAUGAAGAAAUUUGUACAUGUUUCUAUUAUUCUUUAGAAGAAGAAUGUUUCCAUAAGAUCACAUUGAUAUUUGUAUAUGAGAAUGCAUUCAAAUAACAUUCACAUUUAGCAAGUAAGUUAUCUCCUUCCAAUAAUAUUAUUGCUCAAUUGCGAGUGUAAAUAGUGUAAGAAAAAUCAUUGUUAAAAAGAAAAACGUCAUUUAACAAAAAAUCAAAUGAACUGAGGACAAUUUCUUACUAUAGGCCUUCUCAUUCUAUUUGAAAAUUAUAAUUAUAUAUAAUAAUAAAAUUUAUUAUUUAACAUGAUCAUAAAUUAAAAAAUUGUUCUAUCAUAAGAUAUGCCCAAUGAUACUCAAUAUACAAAAUUUAAUAUUUCUUAUUGACUUCGUGAUUUGUUAUAUUCAUGAAAUAAAGUAUAUAAGUAUAUCGACGAGCAUUUUUUGUAGCGAUCAUUGUAUGAGUAUCGUGAGAAUGAAUACAUGAAUGUUAAAAUCAUUCAGAUCUGACAUGUUUUCCAAAAUAAAUGUAUUUAUAACUAAA